GCAAGAGGCUGUUAAGUCACUUUUUUUUUUUUACACCAAUCCUUUUUAUUUGUGUAACUCCGAAUUAUUUUGUUAUAUCAUAUAACGAUUAAUUUUCGUGAAAGACUUCCUAAAUGACUUCCUUUUAAUCCUUGGGGAGUUAAUAUGAUAUCUCACAGGUAUUUAAAGAUAAGUACUUGCAAUUCAGAGGGUUAAGAGCAAAGUAACCAUUGUAUUUUGUUGAAACCCUUUCAGCGCUUAUUUUCAGGAAUGAUCGUGCACUAACGGUUGCUAACAGCAAAAGACUAGGUGUUUGUUUUUCACACAACGAAGUUUUGUUAGUCGCUUAAAAAGUCGAUAGAAGGAGAUAACUCUGUUGGAUUUUUUUAUUGUUUACAAAUGACGAAGCAGUCCUUAAACAACUCAGCUGAUGUGGUCUCAUAACAAUGUCAGCGCCUGAGAAGCCAGCUCCUCCUGUGGUUGGAAAGGUUACAUCCAACAGCAUUGAGCUGUACUGGGAUCAGGCAGCAGGCACUGAAGACAGCUCAGGAGGGAGGCUACGUUACUGUGUACAGGAAGAAGAAGAAGAGGCAAGGAAAGGAUUUGGAAAUGUCUACAAUGGCUUUGCCAAAAGCAAUGAGUUCAGAGGCCUGGAGCAAAACAAGACUUAUCGCUAUCGCCUUCGAAUAAGUAAUGAUAAUGGGCACAGCCCAUGGAGUCAGGUGAUAUCUGUUACUACUACAAAAAUUCCAUUUUCCGGUCAUGACCUUCAUAGAGCAGUCCUUAACUGGGAAGUUGAAAAAGUCAUAUCAAUUCUUGAAGAAAGUACUGAAACCAUAGUUGAUUGUCCUAAUGCAUAUGGAAUGUCCCCUCUGAUGAUUGCUGCUCAAAAGGGUUACACAAGCAUUGUUUCAACUUUGAUUGAACACAAAGCUGAUGUCAACUACUCCAACACAAGUGGAAAAAACAGUAUGAUGUUGGCCUGUGCUGGUGGUCACAUCAAUGUAGCUGCUAAGCUGUUUGAAAAAGGAGCAUCACUAGAUAAUAAAGACAAUGGUGGCUCUUGUUGUCUUCACUGGGCAGUAGAAGGUGGUAACACAGGCUGCAUACAAUGGCUGUUGGACAAUGGAAUCCAUGUUGAUAUUGAAGAUGAUUUUGGUUGUUCGCCAUUGAUAAGACUUGCCUGUAUGAAUGGAAAUGUUGAGGUGGCCAAGAUUUUGAUUGACAAUGGGGCAGAUGUGAACAAAAAAGACAAAAUGAAGAAAUCUGCUUUGAUGGCUGCUGCAACAAAUGGUAAAAUUGAUUUGAUUAAGGUACUGGUGGAAAAAGGGGCAGAUGUAUAUGCUGAAAAUGAGUUUGGUCACAGAGCUGUUGAUUUUUCGGAGACGUUUGGCAAAAAGGAAGUUGAAAGCUAUCUUAAAGAAGUAAUGGAAGGAACUGGUACAGAUGGUAAAGCUUAAAAAGAAACAGAAGAUUCAGAGGACUUAGAACCUUGGGAAACUUGAAAUCAACAAUGGAUAACUUGUUGCAAAUUCCAUUUCCUUCAAUCCAGCCAAUCAGAGUAAAGAUGCAGUUUCAACAGCCAAUCAUGCACGUUCGUUAUUUCAUUUACGUGACUCUUCUCCUUCUUUUCACCAAUCGCCAUUUUUGUUUUCGGUUCACUGACUGGCCUUUUAUCAUUUGUGGACACGAUAUAUGUUUGAUUUUAAUACAACCAUUUCUCGAGUUUUAUGGUACUCAAUUUAAAGUUUAGUAUUCAGUUGGGAUAAGGUUAAUAAAUUACUUGAAAAGUCAGCGCUGUCUUUUUCUCUUGACCGUAUACUUCCCUUUCUUAACUUUUAUUUUCUACGUCCAGGCGUUUUUUCUCAUUAUA